CCUAAAGUAAAAAUAAAAAGAGUAUUAAAGAAAAGAAGAAAAAAACAAAGGCAAUGAAUAUGUUGGAAGCAUUCCCAAAAUAGAUCCCAUGCUUCUUAGAAGUAAUCAACCACCUUUGUCCCCUUCAUAAUCAUCACCACAAGAACGUUCAAAUUCAAAUUCACUUCAUUUUCAUCACAACACACACUCCUAUAAUAAUAGAGUUGAGAGUGCGAGAGAAAAUAGAAGAACUAGAACAGAUGGCGAAACUGCAGAAAUUCAAGAUCUUCGCGACGCAAUGCGGUGUUGAAAAGAGUCCCACGCUAAGCCCAAGGACAAGCCCGUUGGUUCAGCUUCCGAGGCCCAAAACAACGCUGCGGAGCUUGCUUGGGCUAAGCCUGACUCGACCGCCUCGCCGGCAAGGACACGUGUCGGUGUUGCAGAAGAAAGAGAGAGAUUCGAUGCGGAGACACUCGUUGAAGGAUCUGUUUGUGUCGUCGCCGCCGCGAGAGGACGAUGCGGAAGGAGAUGCUGGUUCUCCGAUGUUGGGUGGCAUGGGUCUUUUUCGGUCUGAUUCUUGGAGGGUUGGACCGGGUUUAAGUAAUCCGGUUUUGACCGGUUUUCGUUGUAGGUCUCUGCUGAAAAGGAAAGCUUGGCGCCCUAUGCUGCUUACUAUUUCUGAACAGUAAUUACUAAUUUUCUAUACUCAGCGGAUCAAUUGUAUCUUCUUGAUAUUUUUUGUUCCGGAAUUUAUUUACUUCCAUUUAAUAUUUUUAUAUAUGAAGGUUUUAUUUUAUA